UCCUUAUCACUGUAUAUUGUAAUCAUAAUCCUUAUCAGUGAUAAGUUAUCACAAUCCCGGGAACUUUGUCAUAACCAAACUUAACAGUAAAGAGAUUAGAAAAUACUAGUUAGGAGUUUAGGUCCUAGACUCUAGAAUCUGAAAUAGUGAACUACUGACUAACGAAGAUAUUGUCGUGUCAUUAAUACAUUCAUUUUGUUUUAUUUUUUAAUAAUGCAAUCAAUUUGAUACAUUAUUGUCCAUUAACGUCGUAUUAUAUAAUAUAAUAAUGUAUAACGUCGAAUAAUAAACAAUACUACUAUCUCUAAUAUUCCAUUUUAAGCAACAUUAUUUAGAUCGCAGAUAAAUUUAAAUUUAAAAAUGGAGAUUUCAAUGGCUUCAACCGAUAGCGUCAAAGUGUUAGUUGUUGGAGAUUCUGGUGUUGGCAAAACAUGUUUAGUGAAUCUCAUGAGUAAUAAUAAAGUCAUAAAAAAUCCUAAAUGGACGGUCGGAGUAACAGUUGAAAUAAAACUGUAUAAAUAUAUGGAAGGAACACCUAGACAACGUAAUUGUUUUAUAGAAAUGUGGGAUAUUGGAGGAAGUUCAAACCAUAAAAAUACUAGGGAUAUAUUUUAUAAUGCUAUUCAUGGUAUAAUUUUAGUGUAUGAUUUAACUAACCUUAAAUCUAGUGAAAACUUACAUAAGUGGUUGGCAGAGAUUUUGAAUAAGGAUAAUAACUCAAAAUAUAAAUGUACAGAUGGAUUUGAUAUGGAACAACUGGUUGGGUCAAAUAGAGUACCUAUUUUAGUCUGUGGUACCAAGUUGKAUAUGGCUCCAGAACGUGGUAAGAAAUCUCCUUCUACUGUUGCUGCAGAAUGUGGUGCUGAUGAAAUAUUAAUUAACUGCCAUGAUUCAAAAUCAUUGGAACCAAGUACAGUUGCAUCAUCAAAGUUUAAUAACUUUUUAGAUAGAGUAAUACAAACAAAAUAUCCAAUUAGUAACUCUAGUCCAUUUGGUCAAGGCCUCUACUCAAGACAACAUCAAUACCAAUCGUCCAAAACUCCACAGUACCCAGUUACUAGACAAAUAAUAUAUGAUGGUUCACCUACAAUUAGUAAAAACACAUUUUUCAAUUCUAAAACAUUACAUAAAGACUGAAACAUUUGUAAUAUACAUUUAAUUUAAUAAAUUAUAUGUAAUUAUAUGUAACACUUUCUAAUUUUAAUUACAUGAAAAAAUUAUAAUAUACUAUUACAUAAUAGGUAAAUAGAUAAGAUCAGGUGGUAAAUUUGGUAGAAUAGAUUUCUAGUACUCAAUUUAAUUAAAACUGAAAACAAUUAAUUGAUUAUAACACUAAAA